AUGUUGAUAACAAACAAGGCAGUUGGCCUCGUCCUGCUGCUGCUGCUCGGCACUAGUCUCCUGCUGUUCUCGCGCACCGUGGGACACUCGCUGGCAGAGUCUUUCUUUGGGCCCCAUGCACCCGUUAUACCCUACACCACGCAUCUCGUCCUGUUCCAGUUCAAGCAGGGCGCCAGUGCGUUUGCCAUCAAGGAGAUCACUUCCCGCUUCUUUGCACUGGCCAAGGAGUGUGUGCAUCCAGGUUCGACGAGACCGUACAUUGUGUCAGUCGCAGGCGGCAGGGACAUCUCGACGGAAAAUCUCCAGAAUGGCGUCAGUCACGCUUUCGUCUUGCAGUUCCACUCCGUUGAAGAUCGCGACUACUACGUGAAUGAAGAUCCAGCCCACAGGGCCUUCAAAGAGGCUGCUAGUGCAGUCGUGGAAAAGGCGACAGUUGUGGAUUUUCAAAACGGCGUAUUCACUGAUGCGUUGCGAGUCUAG